AUGUGGAUAGAAAAGGAUAUGGGGGGAAGAUGCGCGAGGGGGGGAGCGCUAAGCCAGCAAGUGAACGACGGCAUUGAAACGUUAAAGCGGAAUAACAAUUUCCUGUUUAGCGGCAUUGGCGGGAAUCUUCUUUCGGAGGCGAAAAAGAGGCGCUGCGACGAACGACUGCGCAGUCUGAGCCGCUCUACCGUCUUGACCGCUUCGACGAAAUCGGGUGGAUCGGCGGUGUUGACUUCGUCGUCUACAUCAGCCGCGUCAGCCACACCAUCCGCGUGGACCACCUCGACUGCGUCCACCAGGUGUUGGGCGGCCGCGAAGGGGGCUGAGCAGUCUGCGGGCAAGUCCAAAGGAUGGGAAGCCCACCGGUGCAGAAAAGACGAAAAGGGGGAAGAACUGUCCGGAGGAGGCGAUCUCUUCGGGGCAGAUAACUGGAUAGACAAAAAAAACGCUGCUACAUGCCGGAAUGACGAUGGAGGAAAUGCAAGAAAUAAAACUUGGCGGAAAUUGAGUAGCUCCCAUUUGACGAAGGAACCCCAAGUGACUUCCUCACGCAAGAGACCCAACCAACCGAUGGAUAAGUGCCCCACGAGUGGAUCCGAAUGGAAAAGCAGAAAUGUUUGCGAUUUUGACGGGACUCACUACAAAAGCACGCAGUACUUAAAUAACAGCGCGGUGUACAAUGACAGCAUCGUGAACAAUGAGACGGUCGUAUGUCAGGAAUGGCCGGAGAUGAGCAACCGAGGGGAAUUGGCGGCGCACGAGGGCAACCUCGAGGAGGGGAGGGAUGAUCCCCCGGCGAUGGCCCCCCUCUCAAAGAAGGAAGACCACCGAAGGGGCGUGCAAAACCGCCUAACGAGCAUACAGGACGUUAUCCAAAAGGACAUCCCCACGUUGAUAAAAAACACAGUGAAUAACCACCUGACCCAAAACAUAAAUAAACAAGUGCAGGAAGCAAUAAAAAAAAAUUUGUCCAACUUGCUUCAUCAUAACGGAACGGACAUCUCAGAAAAGAAGGCACAGAAAUUUAGUACACAGGAUGUGCAAGGCCAACUAAGCGACUUAGUAGACGCCCAAAUGAGGAAGAAUGCAAAUCAUAUAUACUCCACAGUAGAGAAUCGCAUUCAACAAAAUGUGAAUGAAGAAAUAGAGAGGAGCACACACAUCGUGAAGAAGCAGAUAAAACAAAACGUAACCGACCAGAUUGAAACAAACCUUGAAAGAGUCUACAACGAGGUUGAUCUAAAGGUAGAAAAAAAAGUCAGUAACGAAUUAGCCAAAAAUAUGAAUAGCGUACAAAGUAAUCUGCUCCAAAAUGUAAAUAACGAACUGAAGCGGAAGGUAAAACUUAUUGGAGCAAAUGUAGACAGUCAACUUAGGGUUCUCAUCUCAAGUGAGCUCAAAAGAAGCUUAGACUUUCUACACAAUCGAAUUAACGAUAACAUGAAUAGAGAGUUAAAGAAAUGUCUUUCAAUUGUGAAUAGAAAUUUUGAUGAUAACUUCCAUGAGCACAUGGAGAGAAGCGUCCAGAUCUUCCUAAAGAAUGUCUGUGAAUGUCUAAGUCAGGAAAUUAAAAACAACGUUAACGUGAUGGAGAAAAGUAUGAUGACCAACUGGAAUGAUCACGUUUUGGAGAAGGUCACAAGGAGAACGGAGGAGGCGAUAAACCGAGUUGAGAAGGCCAUGAUCCUAAUGGAUAACACCACGAAGAGAGCGGAAGAAGCCGUGGGUCUGACUAAACACAUCUCGGAGGGCAUCUCCUCCGAGGUGAGAAGCUGCUUCGAUGAGUUCGCCACAUCCGUGCAGGAAGGCAUUUGUGGGGAGCUGAGAAGCGGCCUACAAAGUGGCGUACAAUACCUCAGUAAAGAGAACGAAGUGGCGUCUGUAAAGAUGACCCAAGUGAUAUGUGCCAAAGUGGAGGCCGCGACGAGCUCCGAGUUGGCACGACAAAUGGGUACGCUCCUCGGUGGUCUGCGCGACGGGGUGAGAGACAACCUGGGCAGCAUGGAGGUGGCUCUGAAGGGAAGUGUCGAGGCAACCCUCAAGCGAAGCGUAGAGACCACUUUGAAGGGAAGCCUCGAGGGAACGCUGAAGCGAAGCGUAGAGACCACUUUGAAGGGAAGCCUCGAGGGAACGCUGAAGCGAAGCGUAGAGACCACUUUGAAGGGAAGCCUCGAGGGAACGCUGAAGCGAAGCGUAGAGACCACUUUGAAGGGAAGCCUCGAGGGAACGCUGAAGCGAAGCGUAGAGACCACUUUGAAGGGAAGCCUCGAGGGAACGCUGAAGCGAAGCGUAGAGACCACUUUGAAGGGAAGCCUCGAGGGAACGCUGAAGCGAAGCGUAGAGACCACUUUGAAGGGAAGCCUCGAGGAAACCCUAAAGAGAAGCCUCCAAACCAUCCUGCGGGAAGAACUCAGCAAAACCGCACAGAUGCUGUACACCGAUGCGUGCGAAGAAGAGGCCAAGAGGAGCGACACAAAAUUAGAGACAGUCCUGAAUACCUCAAACAAAAAUUUCCACGCCCUGAUCAAAGUGCAGAGAUCCCUGUCGACCCACCUGAACAGAGAGAUGAGAAUGGUAAAAGACAUGAAGGCCAACAUGGUUGAUGUGAAAACAUUUUUUAAAACGUGCUUAACCUGUCUGGAGGAGAAAUUGUCCGACGCGAUGGAGAAGAACAUCAGUGCAGUGAUAGACACGAAGGAAGUGAUAAACACGAAGGAAGAGAUAGACACGAGUGCAGUCAUAGAGACGAGGGAGUCUAUCCUUAGCAGGUUGGACAAUUCCUUUUCCGGCAUGGAAAAACUCCUCAGUCAACUCUGCGAGAAGGUGGUUCAGCGGGUAGGAGAGGCCAACGAGAAGUACGCUCAUCACAUUGCAGAAAAGGUUGGCACAAUGGCGAGUACUCACCAGAGUCUUAUGAAAGAUGAGGGCACCGCGACAGAGGUGCGCCUCGAAAAGAUGACCCAAGAUAUACUGCAUCUGACCGAAGCAACCGCGCAAAGGACAUACGAACGGCUUAGAAUCAACAACGAGGAUGUGCUAACUGCCUUUAUCGACAAUGUACAAAGGGAAAAGGCUCACAUGAUUAUGCACGCAGAAGAAAUUAUGGCCUGUUUCAAGAAGAGCAUAGAGGAACACUCCAGAAACAUGCUAGACAAUUUGAGUUCGUUGCUUAAUGAGAAGGACGGACACAUGAUGGAGGGAUUAAAACAGGUCAGGAGCGAACUUGACAUUAAGCUCGAAGAACAAACCAAACAGUUUUUAAGUCACCUCGACCGGAAGAUAAACCAUGCUAUUCGGGGGAGAGUACGUCGUGAGGGGGGUACAGAUUGGCAUGAUGACGCCAACCAGGUGCAGAGAAUCACCUUAGGGCCAGACCGGGGUAUACCAUUUCGUGUCGACAAGCAGAAGAGGUACCUAAUUGGUAGCGACAUGGUGGAAAAUCCUUUGGGCAGCACCGGUCGAGGAGAGCACAGGGAGAGGAAGCGUGGAAUGGUGCGUGAAGUGACGCGUGGGAUGAAGCGUGGAAUGAAGCGUAGAAUGAAGCAUCGAAUGAAACCUGCACUGGAUUGGACGCUGUGCCGUGGCGCGCACGGAGAGAUGGACCAACCCAACAGACGCAUCCGGAAGAGUGUAAAUAAGAGGAACCCCAAUCAGCCGCAGAACGAGACAGAGGCUACGCGCAAGAGGAAGCCAAUUUACGUCGUCAAUUACUUAAGGAGCAAAAACAACGACCUCAUCAAGGUGGUUCAGCAUUUGCAUGAAAAGACGAGGAAGAUAAUAUAA